CUGCUGCGCCGGUUCGGCUGAGGCGUGCACAGGUGGCCUGCGCUUGCGGAGGCGAGGCGGAGCGGAGGGGGCAGCCGCUUCGCCUUGCCCAGUUCGGCCGGCCAUGGAGCUUGGCCUGGGAGGAAGAGAAGGAGGAGGAAGAAGGGCAGCAGCUGGAGGGGAGAAGGAGGAGGAGGAGGAGGCAGCAGCCCCAGCAGCCGUCAUCCAAGAGGGCUGGUUCCGCGAGACGUGCAGCCUCUGGCCCGGGCAGGCCCUCUCUUUGCAAGUCCAGGAGGUCCUGCAUCACCAGCGGUCGCCCUUCCAGGAGAUCCUGGUCUUCAGGAGCAAAACAUACGGGAACGUCUUGGUCCUCGAUGGCGUCAUCCAGUGCACAGAGAGGGACGAGUUUUCGUACCAGGAAAUGAUCGCUAACCUUCCCUUGUGCAGUCACCCAAACCCACAGAAGGUGCUCAUCAUCGGGGGCGGCGAUGGAGGAGUCUUGCGGGAAGUGGUCAAGCACCCCUCCGUGGAGUCCGUAAUACAGUGCGAAAUCGACGAGGAUGUGAUCCAAGCAUCUAAGAAGUACCUCCCAGGGAUGGCCGUGGGAUAUUCCAGCCCGAAACUCACCUUGCAUGUUGGGGACGGCUUCGAAUUCAUGAAACAGAACCAGGAGGCUUUUGAUGUGAUAAUCACAGACUCUUCCGACCCCAUGGGUCCUGCAGAAAGCCUCUUCAAAGAAUCCUACUACCAGCUGAUGAAGACAGCUCUGCGGGAAGACGGCAUUCUCUGCUGCCAAGGCGAAUGCCAGUGGCUGCACCUGGACCUCAUAAAGGAGAUGCGCCAGUUCUGCAAGUCGCUGUUCCCCGUGGUCGAGUACGCCUACUGCACCAUCCCGACCUACCCCAGUGGACAGAUCGGCUUCAUGCUCUGCAGCAAGAAUUCAAACACUAAUUUCAGGGACCCUGUCCAAAAGUUGUCCCAGAAGGAAGUGGAAGCAAUGAAUCUUAAGUAUUACAACUCGGAUGUCCACCGGGCAGCCUUUGUCCUGCCUGAAUUUGCACGAAAGGCUCUGAGCGCCGUCUGAGAACCCCGACGCAGAUCCACCUCUGGCCUCAGAUACCCCGGCGGGACGGGAAACCCCGGAAGCCUCAUCCACCUAGCGGAUCGUCUCUGGCGGCCGGCCUGACGUGGUCCUCGCUUGCCUUGCGGCCUCUAGCCUACCAGCUAAACAUUCCUUCCAAUUAUGUAUUUAAAAAAAAUGAAAGGACUCUGGGUUUGCACCCAAACGCAGGACCCCACUUCCAAACACCCCCCC